AUCGUUAGUUCCAACUUCUCUGUCAGAUCAGGCUUUCCGAAUGGAGUCAGGGCCGUGUGUUUCCAAAUAUUCGAUUGGAAUAUGCCUGGCACGAAAGCGCUGCUUGUCGUUUUGCUACUGCUGCAUGUGUUCCCCCGACUGGAGUGCUUCCACUAUCGUCCUGCCCAGUUGUACGGGGAUUCUGGCGGAGGAGAAACCGGAAGCGGAAGCGGGGACUGCACGGAUGCAAAGUCCAAGAAGGAUUGCAGCAGCAUGGACUUCAGCCGCGGCGAUUCCAAGACCAAGGCAUCGAACAUUGCCCAGAAGGCCGCCCUGGAGGCCAAGGCCGCCAGCGAUUCCCAAAUGGCGGCAGCCGAAGCGGCCGCGUCGCAGGUCAAGUCAGAACUGGCCGCCAAAGCGGCCCAGUCGGCGAGGGCUGCGGAAGCGGCAUUGGCCGGAAAACAGCAGAUUGUGGAGCAGUUGCAGCAGGAGAUGACCGAGGCGGAUGCGGUGGUCAAUGAGGUGACAAAUUCUCUGCAAAAUACCCAGGUGAAUGCGAAUGCCGCCGCUUCGGCCGCCCACGAGGCCCAAGUGCAGCUCAAUCAGCUGAAGAACCUCGUAAUAGCCGCAACCGCCAACAUGGCCAAUAUCGAGAACGUGGCCAAUGGGGCGCAACAGGAGCUGGCCGAGAAGACGCAGCUCCUGGAGGCCGCCAAGCAUCGAGUGGAAAAUCUCGCCCGCCAGAUGACCGAUGCCAGGACCGACUUUGAGAAGACCAAGCAGGCGGCCUACAAGGCGGCCUGUGCUGCAGUGGAGGCCAAACAGAAGGCCCAAAGGGCGCGGCGGAUGACCAACCACUACCAGCAACAGAUGCGAUGGGGAGCUAAGAUGUAGCACAAAAGCCUGGAGUCAGUCGAUCUCCUAUAUAUUUUGUUAAGGUUCAAUUUUGGUUUUUUAGUUGGCCAUUAAAAGUUAUAGUUUUAAGGCAUUUGUAAAGGCCACAACAA